UUGGGUGCUCUACAGAUCGAGGAACUCCAGUUACGGCAGGGUCAGGCAAAUGAUUGCCUAGAAAGAUUACGACAGGCUCUUGGUCAUAAAGCCAUCAUUUAUCAUUCCACCUGGAUGGGUACCAGGUCAAAGCAAGAUGCUUUUCGGUGCCAGAUAAAAAUAGAUAAGUGCAUUCGAAGUUACCAAAGGGCAAGGGAUGCCAUGCAGAGACUAGGAGUGGAUGAAGAAACUCUCAGGGAUGUUUAUCAACAAAUCCAGCCCAGCCAGCUCACCGUGAACCAGGAAGUGACUAAAGAAAAUAGAUAUGGUCAGGGAUCAGACAGACUAGCAUGGUUUUGGAGGAUCAACAAUGGUGGUGAUCUUCGUGAGGAUGCAUGGAUGAAUGAAUUCUACAGGGUCAAUUGGUUAAAAGCAAAGGCUAGGUGGCAAAGGUGGGAAGAAGAAUUAAGUUUGGUUGGGCAUGAGAUGGGUUGGACAGUUGGCUGGUUUAGGCACAAUAUGGGUGAAUGGGAGAGAAGGUAUAAAGAAGCUACAAAGCUUGGGCAUAAAGCUUAUGCACAACGGCAGGUGCUUUUGUGGGAAAAGUUUAUGCUGGAUGCAGAGAAUUCAUUC